AUGGAGGGACGCACGCUCGCCUCCUUCCGACCUGAGGGUUCCAAGGCUGUGGUAAGCUUCGACCGCGUGAAGGCCUUCUACAUCCUCGGAUUGGUGGGCUUCCAUCAGUCAUUGCUGAAAGCUCCAAACCACCGCGUGCAUGUAUCCCACUACCUGCCCUACUCGACCAUCGACCAUGGGGUUGAGCUCAUGAUGGGCAUGAUGUUAAUCUCAGGAUGGUUAUCCUCAGCCACCUGGAAGGAUGCGACCUGGGCUGACCACAUGCGGAAGAAGGUGGCACGCUUAAUCCCACCGUACAUCGUGGCUGUGUGCUUUACGGCCCUGCCCUUGGUCCUGGAAUACCAGAGUUGGCGCAACCUCUUGCAGUAUGUCUUGGAGAUUCUGACUGUUGGCGGCUGGAAUCCAUUCCUUACCUUUUGGACCGCAAACCGCCCACUGUGGUUCCUCUCCACACUGCUGACCUACCACUACGUCUCUCCGUUCUUCUUGAGAUGGACACGGAGACAGAGUGUUCGGCACCUGCUGGUUGCUCUGGCCUUCCUCUACUUGCUGCGGACUGCUGUGGCUUGUGUGGUGCUGCUGGUUCUCGAGCAGUUGACCCAAGACUUGCAGGCUUACGGGCGGAUUAUCCAUCUUUGGAGUCCCACGCAGAUCUGGGUCCCCUUCAUGGGGGCCAUUUUGCAGCAGAUAACGGUGCGGACCACGCUCCCAGCUUGGGUCAGAAAGUGGCACAUUUGGGUGCUGUCGGAUUUCCUAAUCCUGGUUCUGCUUGGCUGCACGCACUUUCUACCAAAGACUGGCCUGCCAUAUGUGGAUGCGCUCAUUGCCUUCAACAACCUGGCUACCGGUCCCCUGCAGCUGAUCCUGGUUGUGCUGGUCAGCUGCGAUUGCAAUUCCUUCCGGUUGCUCUUGAGCCUCACAAAAGGUAGCUGCCAAUUGGCGGCUUCAAUGCUGAAGCUGUCCUACACCAUCUAUUUGACUCACUGGCCAUGGGCUGUAUGCAUGCACUAUGCCGGCCUUUUCAGUCUCGACUCCUGGAACUCGAUGUUGGCGACCUGGGCUACCUCCAUCCUUUUCGCAAUCUUCCUGGACUUCAUAGUCGUCGAUCCCUUCACCGCGGUGUUCUGUGGUUGGAUCAUGCCUCAAAAGCCCAAGCCCAGCAUGGCCGCAGAGGAUCCUACCAAGAACACUGCACAGAUCGCGGACGCACAGAAGAAGGAGGAAAAGGAUAAGGAGGAGAAGAAGGAGGCUGCACAGAUCCCGGACCUGGAAGCCGGCCUCGUGCUCUCGGCGCCAUCAUCGAGGAGCUGCAGGAGGGCAGAGACUUUGCCCUUCAGAGCCUUUCGAUACUCCCAGGUAUGA